UUUCAGCCAGAAGAAGAAAGAACAAAAACAAGCCUCUCUGAUGGAUGCCAAGGUUCAAGAUAGACCUGCAGCAAGCUCAUCCCAAGACUUCGAACCCUCUUUUGAUUGGGUGAUCAAUGAGGAAGGAAAUGAGACUCUUGUCCUCCAUCUCCCUGGUUUUAGAAAGGAGCAGCUAAGUGUUGAGUUCAACAAUCGCGGCAAGCUGAGUAUCAGUGUAGAACGUCUAGUUGAGAAUAACAGACCAAACCGUUUCCAGAAGGAUUUUGGUAUCCUGAAGAACUGUAAACCGAAUGAAAUUAAGGCCAGAUUUGUGGAUGAAACUCUUUAUAUUACGCUGCCAAAGACAACAAAUAGAAUCCCUUUGCAAGAUCAAUGGACAAGCGUUUCGCUUUGGAACUUAACCAAGCAGAGAGGCAAGGUUUUUCUUGGUGUAACAGUGGUCAUUGCUGUGCUGGUGGGUCUUGGGAUUUAUGCAGCACAUAGACUACUCGGCUCUUGAAGGAGAAGCUCAGAACUGAUUUCUUUAUUCCAGUAGUUCUUCAAGUUCUAAUUCAUUGUUUUCAUAAUAAAUGUUGAUACUUUAGAAACAA